AAAUUCUGAGAGGAGAACAGCAUAUGCACGGGAUUGUCGGUCAGCCACCAGAGCACGAAGGCGGUCUACCGAGUAGAAGACGGCCUUUGCGUCUCUGCGUCUGCGUCUCCAGCUUUCAGCAUUUGUACAUCUUGGCCUAUUUCGCGGCCAUCUCGUCUAUUUCUUUUUAGAUCUAUCCCAUCUCCCGUAGUAAAUUGACAUCAUUUAGCUCCACUAGGUCCAGGGUUCUCGCCCAACCGCCGAUCGCCCCCCGAUAGACGAAAGACCCUUUCGGCAGAGCCAGACCGGUCAACGUGUUAGCCGGAACUCUAUCAGCCCACAAUUAUUUGCGAUCGCAUCGUUCGACUAUUUCGAGUUCCGUCUCUUGUAAAGAAGGGAGAAAGAAAACAAAUUAGUUAACACGAUAUCAAUAAUUGAUUUGCUAUGUGCGCAGCUUCGGACCGCCAUCCCACGUUCAAGGCGAGCUUCGCCGAAAGAGCCAGCAAUGCCUCCCACCCGUUACUCAACUACUUGUUCCGGCUCAUGGAAUUGAAGAAGUCGAAUCUGUGUCUCAGUGCCGAUGUUACCUCCGCUCGUGAACUUCUCACCCUAGCUGAUCGAAUCGGUCCGUCCAUUGUCGUGCUCAAGACGCAUUACGAUCUCGUCGCCGGAUGGGAUUAUCAUCCGCAAACUGGCACCGGUCCCAAGCUAGGUGCUCUUGCGAGGAAGCAUGGCUUCCUUAUCUUCGAAGAUAGAAAGUUUGGGGACAUUGGCAGCACGGUCCAGUUACAGUACACCGCUGGAACCGCGCGGAUCGUCGAUUGGGCACAUAUCGUAAACGUCAACAUGAUCCCUGGCAAGGCCGCUGUUACUGCGCUUCAACAAGCAGCCGCCCGGUGGCGUUCCCGUGUCAAUUAUGAAGUGAGGACAUCCGUCUCUGUUGGAACCCCGGUCUCGGACGAGUUUGACGAAAAUGGUAGCGAGGAUGGACAACCUACAACUGCGCUGUCGCCGUCAAAAGAUCCUCCACCGUCGUCAAACUUCCGCACUGACCAUAACGGUAGGAAAGGGAGCAUCGUGUCCAUUACUACCCUCACGCAAUCAUUCGAACCGGUAGACUCGCCGCGCUUUGGUAAAUCUAUCGCGGAAGGCGAUGAGCUUGUAUACGCAGGGAUUGAGGAACCCCCUUGGGAGCGAGGACUCCUAAUAUUAGCCCAGAUGUCUAGCGAGGGAAAUCUCAUGACUAAGGAGUACACGCAGGCCUGUGUCGAAGCCGCGAGAGAGCAUAAGGACUUCGUGAUGGGUUUCAUCUCCCAGGAAACCCUUAACAGCGAAGACACAGAUUCCUUCAUCUCUAUGACUCCAGGUUGCCAACUACCCCCCGACGAAAGCGAAGAAGACGGUAGCGUUGCGGGCGAUGGUCUUGGCCAACAAUACAACACACCCACAAAGCUUGUAGGACAGUGUGGUAGCGAUAUUGUCAUCGUGGGACGAGGUAUUCUCAAGGCGGCAUCUCCACAGGUGGAAGCUGAACGGUAUCGAAGAAAGGCAUGGAAAGCAUAUCUCGGCCGGAUAGAACAGCAGGCGUGAAAGUAAAGAGAUGUUUCGCAUCAGGCGGAUCUAUAUUAAGCAUGGAUGAUACAUUCGUCCCGGAGCCUGGAGUUCUUUCGGCUUACACAAGAUAGUCAUCAUUGUCAUUCGGGGAUCCCGGUCAACUAAAAAAUUGGAAAGGGCUAUGAGAGAGAGUUAAGUCAU